AUGCAACGUGAAUCACAUCUACGUGUCCGACGUGAUGGAUAUGAGUUUGAAGGGCCUCAAAGUGACCAGGACAUCACGGAUCUAUCGUGGGCGAACGAACUCGAGAUCCCUCCAGACUUGCCGCUUGAUGGGGAGUCGGGAGCAAGAUCGGAAACACUUUCUGCGGGCUCUACACCGGCACCCCACGAGCAGCAGUCUCAGAUUGCAGUUGGCAACGUAAAAGUCUCUCUCGAUCACCUCCUGGCACUACGUAAUGCUGCCGACCACUUCAGUAGGACACAUGCUAAACUCGCACCUGCACGAGAGCAAGCCAUGUUGCAACGAAGUGCUUUUUUCAACGACACAGAACAGUAUUUUCAACGCCGACGGCUGUUUAGAGAGUCGCAAGAUGAAUACAUCCGUCAAUUCCGAACACAGCAAAGUCUCGAUGUGCUUGGCUCACAACACCAGCAAGUAGAGGCCGACCACACUGCACUAAUUCUGCAAGAGGAGCGGCUGCGGGCUGGUCAGCUGUUGCCCACUGAAUUUUACAUGCAAGCCAAGGAAGAGGCACUCUCCAAGGCUUCCGAUGACUUACUGCGAGUGCUGGGAGAGCUGGGAAUCCCCUCUACCACAGCGCCAGGGUAUAGCGUGGAGCCGUGUGCCGCUCGAAGUUCUACAUUGUCUCUAUUGCCACCAUCUCGGGAAAUCGAUCCCCUCCUCGAGGAUUACUACGAAAAGGUCGGGGAAAUCAGAUGGCGACAAGAGCGCGCAGAUGAUAUCAGGAGAGAGUACGGAGAGGCGAGUAGCAUCAGGAUUUUCAAGCAGGAUCAUGACGAAGUGCUGGAAGACGGCGACGAGGAGUUUGACGCGAAGUACCAACGGAUGUUAGCCGAUGCGGAUGCUGCAGUGCAGACCGCGGUCAUGGCUGCGGAAGACGCAAAAAAUGCGUGCCUCGACGCCAACCUGGAUCCUGGAGCUGCUCGAAAGAUGCCUUUAGAUGAAUGGGUUGAAUCAUCCAACGGCCCAAUCACUCCAGGACCGCCGUCAAUACAUUUUGUUACGGUUCCUCCUACCGGCGCCGAUGUACUCAGCGGAGGCGGCAAGUCAUCGGCCCUCUUGAGUACCUUGACCGGCAAUCUGCACGCAGAACUACCACUUUCAAGUCGGAGUACCGAGCAUGCCGAGGACACCGGGAAUCGUAUAAAAGAGUGGAUAGGUACAAGCACUGGCGAAGAGUUUCCGUUUGACGAGAGUUCCUUUGAGCAAUAUCCUCGAUCCAGGCCAAUAAAGUACGCGCGGAGAUCUGAGCACGAUUUGAGGAAUAUCUCUAUUGAUCAGCAAAUGAUCGAAAGCAUUCCUCCACAUGUUAGAGAACGCUUAGACCUGCGGCCUUCUACGCAGUUGAGUGAAGACACGGGUAAAUCUUUUGUACGCGGUCAGCGAUCUUCGUCGGAGUCGAACGUGGCUGUUAUGGAGAAGCGCCAGGACUCGGGGCAUGGCAGCUUGUCGGAUAUUUUUGGACAGCGUAGCAAGCAAUGA